AUGAGAGAAGGUGAAAGAGUUCAACAAUAUGUGUCAAGAAUUAUUAUUCUUGUGAACAAAAUUAAUGGGCUUGGCUAUGACUUAGAAGAGAAGGAAGUUGGUUCAAAAGUGACGAGAAGUUUAACUCCCAAAUAUGAUCAUAUGAUUACUUCUAUGAAAGAAGCUAGAGAUGUUGAUCAAUUGUCUUUAGAUGAGCUGAGUGGCAUUCUGCAAGCUUAUGAAGCAAUAUUUGAUAGAUUUGUGGAUCAACAAACAUACAAGGUUCUCUAUGUGAAGGGGGAGGCAUCUAUAAGCAGUGGUGGUCCUCAAGAGUGUGAAAAUUGGCCAACUGACUUCAAUAGAGAAAGAUGUAGAGGUUUCAAAGGUAGAGGAAGAGGAUAUGAUGGUGGUUGA